GCGGAGCCUCAGAGGGAGGGAGCCGCUUCAUAUCGGACUGGUCCCGGCGUGCGGGGUUACAAAUGGCCGUGAACGGAGAAAGGCAGAGAGUGUGAUCCGGUGAUUGUUUAUUUGUUUGUUUGUUUGUUGUUGUUUUUUUUUUCUUUUUUCUUUUUCUUUCUCGACAACGACCGGAGUGUGAGCCGCCUGUAUGUUCACGUAGGGGAGCAGAGGAGGGGAAAAGGAGCGCUCUUUAUCCUCACACUGAGUCCGUUUUAUCCGUCUGGCUAAAGGAUGGGAGAGUCCUGUUGACACCACGGAGAGAUACACGCUGAGACCGACUAUGGCUGUGGACGCGGCGUCCAGCUUCAGUUUUUGCCGUGCCUCCCUGGAGCACACGGUGUCUGCUGAGGAGCUGAGUUACCAGCUGCCGCGUCGCGCCGGAGGCAGCAACCUGACCUGGCACGAUGGCCGAGGCCAGAAGACGGCACAUACACGAACGGUCAAAUUGCUGCAGCAGCCGGGCACAGAAGGCAUCCAGUUACGUCCAGGUGAGGCCUUCACUGUGUACCACACCAGUCCUACGCUGUCCAGUUUGUCCAAACCUGUGGUGCUGUGGACUCAGCAAGACGUCUGCAAGUGGCUUAAGAAACACUGUCCUCACAACUACCUGACCUAUGUAGAGGCCUUCUCUCAUCAUGCUAUUACAGGACGGGCGUUGCUUCGUUUAAACGGGGAGAAGUUAGAAAGAAUGGGAAUCGUCCAGGAGACGCUAAGGCAGGAGGUCCUCCAACAAGUCCUCCAGCUCCAGGUCCGAGAAGAAGUCCGCAACCUGCAGCUCCUUAGUAGAACCUCCUUUGGAAACUUCUCUUAGCUCAUCCCUGGAUCCAUUUGGCAGCCCCUUCCCACAUCCCCCCCAUCACAAUGCGUCUCUAGGAGCCAUGAGAGAGCUGCUGUCUUCAGAUAUGUGAGCGGAGAAUCAAGUACUGAAAGGCGAGAAGACGAGUCUAUAGACUACAUGCCAACUGGUCUGGAGGAUUCUCAUUCAACAUGGCCCAAUCUGGUUUACAGACACAGAGACAGAAACAAAGUCCUGCUCAAGGCCGGGGCCACCACUGUAACAUAGUGAUAAAAUGUAAGAUUUGCAAGCCUGAUGAUGAAGUAGGUGUGUCACUGGUUUAAGCUUCAACUCUUUUUAACUCUUAUUCGGAUUAGGCACAUUCAUCAGAUACACACAGGGUUUUUUUUAACAUAAGCUUUGCACAAACAAGAUUUCAGUGAAAGGUCAAAUAUUGAAGUGAUUAAUGUCUUCAUGGUAUGGAUCUAAAGUUUCCAUUUUCCUUUCAGUAUGUGCCACAGGUUGUGUUCAAAGAAACAAAACUGAACUUAAAUGCAUUUACUUAUGAACUUAAUGCAUUUACUGGUUUAUAUAGCCUAUUCAAUCUAUAUAAACCAGCUACAAUUCUAUUCAAAUCCUCAUCCACAUGUACCCCUCAGGAGUUUAGUUUCAGACAUGAGUCUUUAAGCUGAAUGUCAGUCAGUCUUUCCAUGUCACGACUGAUCCACUGUAUGUCAGAGAUAAUAAUACAAAUAUUUAUGAGCGUGGUAGAAUAAUAUACAUUGUAAAUCUGUGCAUACUGUAACAGUACUUUUGUCUUUCAUUAAUGGAAUGGGUUCAGAGGUCAGAGCAGUAAUAUGAUAAUCACUGAUUGUGUAUGCUUGAUUAUAGCAAUAAUAUUUCAUUUAUUUUACGUGAAGACAGCAGACAGGUUUGGGGAUAAACUUUAAGAAAUUGCGUAAAUUGUAGGGUUACAGUAUGAGUGUAUGCAGACUGACACAUUUUUCUGUUGCACUGAAAUGUUUUUUUUUUUUUUUCUUUGGCCAGACAGUGGCAUAAUCAAGAUUUUUAUAACUUCUGUCCCUUAUGUAGUCUUAUUAUGUGUCAUGUUUCACACACAAAUACAAGAAAGGACAAGCUUCUAUUGUGUUUUCUCUAGUUUCCGUCCCUGGCUGACACUGUGAUUUCAAAUGCUUGGAAAUCAAAAACCCCAACAGCUCUAGCCCAUGGACACAAGAACACGAGUGUGAAUGAGACAAGCACCUUCGAUGACACUGUAGACAGCAGCAGACAGCUAUGGAUCAUAAUGAUGAAGUCACAUAAUUAAUAAACAAAUCAAUAAACCUUUAACAAAUACAGCUUUUCCUUCUCACAUCCUGUCAUCUGUCCUUUUGACAUGAAGUUUUGGGAAAUAAAAGUAGAUAAAAGAGAGAAAACACGCUGUAUUAUUUUGGAUUACCUGAUGUAUUGUAUAUAUUGACACUUUCAGUUUACUUUGUCUGAUGAUUGAUGAACUGUUUAAAAUACAAAAGGACAAAUGGAAAUCUUUGUCUGCUUUAUAGAUAUGAAAACAUUGUAUGGAACAUGUUAAAAGCUGUCUUUUUAGAAUAAACUAAUUGAGAUGAA